UAUGGCCGGUCAGACAGUUACCGCGUUGCCACCACACAGGACAAAGACGACCGAUCCCCCAAGAAGAAGAAGGGGGCGACGACGGGAACCAAGGACAUGGACGACCUGAAGAAGGAAGUGCCGAUUACGGAACACAAGAUGUCCGUAGAAGAGGUAUGCAGGAAAUUCCAGACCGACAUUGUCCAGGGACUGACAAAUGCCAAGGCAGCAGAGGUUUUGCUCAGGGAUGGCCCCAACGCUCUCACCCCACCUCCCACCACUCCGGAAUGGGUCAAAUUCUGUCGCCAGCUCUUCGGCGGCUUCUCCAUUCUCUUGUGGAUCGGCGCCAUCCUUUGCUUCCUGGCUUAUGCCAUCCAGGCCGCCACUGAAGACGACCCUGCCGGAGAUAACUUGUACUUAGGUAUCGUGCUCACAGCUGUCGUCAUCAUUACUGGUUGCUUCUCAUAUUUCCAAGAGGCCAAGAGCUCCAAAAUCAUGGAGUCUUUCAAGAACAUGGUGCCUCAGCAAGCGCUGGUGAUCCGAGAGGGUGAGAAGGUACAAAUUAACGCAGAAGAAGUGGUGGCCGGAGAUUUGAUCGAAGUGAAAGGAGGAGACAGGAUUCCCGCUGAUAUCCGAGUCGUUUCAGCACAUGGCUGCAAGGUGGAUAACUCCUCCCUGACAGGGGAAUCAGAGCCUCAGAGCAGGUCACCUGACUGUACCCAUGACAACCCCUUGGAGACCCGAAAUGUGGCUUUCUUCUCUACCAAUUGCGUGGAAGGCACGGCACGUGGCAUUGUCAUUUGCACUGGCGACCGCACUGUCAUGGGACGCAUCGCUACCCUGACGUCCGGCCUAGAGACGGGCAAGACCCCCAUCGCCAAAGAGAUUGAGCACUUCAUCCACAUCAUUACCGGUGUUGCCGUCUUUCUUGGUGUCACCUUCUUCAUCCUGGCCCUCAUCCUGGGCUACACCUGGCUGGAGGCUGUUAUCUUCCUCAUUGGCAUCAUCGUGGCUAACGUACCUGAAGGCCUGUUGGCCACUGUCACUGUCUGUCUGACGCUAACCGCCAAGCGUAUGGCAAAGAAGAACUGCCUGGUGAAGAACUUGGAGGCUGUGGAAACGCUCGGCUCCACCUCCACCAUCUGCUCUGACAAGACAGGCACCCUGACCCAGAACAGGAUGACCGUGGCCCACAUGUGGUUCGACAACCAGAUCCACGAGGCCGACACCACCGAGGAUCAGUCUGGCGCCUCGUUCGACAAGAGCUCUGUGACGUGGCAAUCUCUGGCCCGCAUCGCCGCUCUGUGCAACCGCGCUCAGUUCAAGGCGGGACAGGAUUCGGUGGCCAUCCUGAAGCGCGACGUGGCGGGAGACGCCUCCGAAUCGGCCCUGCUCAAGUGUAUCGAGCUGUCCUGCGGUUCAGUCAGGAUGAUGCGCGACAAGAACAAAAAAGUGGCCGAGAUCCCCUUUAAUUCCACAAACAAAUACCAACUAUCCGUGCACGAAACUGAGGACCCCAAUGACAACCGCUACUUGCUGGUGAUGAAGGGAGCUCCCGAAAGGAUCCUGGAUCGCUGCUCCACCAUCCUACUGCAGGGCAAAGAGCAGCCCAUGGAUGAGGAGAUGAAGGAAGCCUUCCAGAACGCCUACAUGGAGCUGGGAGGACUAGGAGAAAGAGUGUUAGGAUUUUGCCACUUAAUGCUACCAGAGGACCAGUACCCAAAAGGCUUUGCUUUUGACACCGAUGACGUCAACUUCCAGACAGACAACCUUUGCUUCGUGGGUCUCAUGUCCAUGAUCGACCCACCCCGAGCCGCUGUGCCAGACGCCGUGGGCAAGUGCCGAUCCGCCGGUAUCAAGGUCAUUAUGGUCACUGGAGAUCAUCCAAUCACUGCCAAGGCCAUCGCCAAGGGAGUGGGCAUCAUCUCUGAGGGCAACGAGACGGUGGAGGACAUCGCAGCUCGUCUCAACAUUCCCGUCAGUCAAGUCAACCCCAGGGAUGCCAAGGCUUGCGUUAUCCAUGGCACUGACUUGAAGGAUCUCUCUCAGGAUCAGAUGGAUGAUAUUUUGAGGAAUCACACUGAGAUUGUCUUUGCUAGAACCUCCCCUCAGCAAAAACUGAUCAUUGUCGAGGGCUGCCAGAGACAGGGUGCUAUUGUAGCUGUGACUGGCGAUGGUGUGAAUGACUCUCCCGCCCUGAAGAAGGCCGACAUCGGCGUGGCCAUGGGAAUUUCAGGUUCCGACGUGUCCAAGCAAGCCGCUGACAUGAUCUUGCUGGAUGACAACUUCGCAUCCAUUGUCACCGGUGUGGAAGAAGGCCGCCUGAUUUUUGAUAAUUUGAAGAAGUCCAUCGCAUAUACUCUGACAAGUAACAUUCCAGAGAUCACGCCCUUCCUCCUCUUCAUCAUUGUCAACAUUCCCCUACCACUGGGCACGAUCACCAUCCUCUGCAUUGACCUGGGAACCGACAUGGUGCCCGCUAUCUCACUGGCCUACGAAGCGGCUGAGAGCGACAUCAUGAAGCGUCAGCCCAGGAACCCGUUCAGGGACAAGCUGGUGAACGAGCGUCUCAUCAGCAUCGCCUACGGACAAAUCGGUAUGAUCCAGGCCCUGGGUGGUUUCUUCUCCUACUUUGUCAUCUUGGCCGAAAAUGGUUUCCUGCCCAGUCGGCUGGUGGGCAUUCGUUUGGAUUGGGAUGACCGUGCCUGCAAUGACUUGGAGGACACCUACGGACAACAAUGGACGUACGAGCAGAGGAAGAUUGUGGAGUUCACAUGCCACACGGCCUUCUUUGUCAGCAUCGUGGUGGUGCAGUGGGCCGAUGUCAUCAUCUGCAAGACCAGACGCAACUCCGUCUUCCAGCAGGGCAUGAAGAACAAGAUCUUGAUCUUCGGCCUGUUUGAGGAGACGGCCCUGGCUGCCUUCCUGUCCUACUGCCCCGGGAUGGAUGUGGCCCUCAGGAUGUACCCCCUCAAGCCUUCCUGGUGGUUCUGCGCCUUCCCCUACAGUUUCCUCAUCUUUGUUUAUGAUGAAAUCCGAAAGCUUCUCAUCCGCCGGAACCCUGGAGGUUGGGUGGAGAAGGAGACCUAUUAUUGA